AUAAAACAGGACAGGAGAAGGUACUAGAAUGGGGGAAUUAAAAAUAUAUCUGUAUUCAAGCAUCCAGAAUAUGCAUAUACACACACAAAUAUCUACACAAACAUAUGCAUGUAUAUACAAAUACAACUACAAAUGUAAUUAUAUAUAUUUUUUUUAUUUUUUUAUGGAACAUGCAUAAAGAGCUUAAAAUGAACAGCAAGUGUUUGCUUGUCUAAACUCCCAACGCACUGUUCUUUGAAUUGUUGUUCAUAAAGCUUCAAUAAAAAAAAAAAACAGCUUUGCUCUUUUGUUCCGUUGUAGUGUAUCAAUAAAGUUACUUGAAGCUCCCCCGUGCUGAAUGAUCAUGGGGAAGAGCCGGGCUCGCAAGUUUAAGCCUCCUUCAUUCUCUCCCACUGUGGCAGCCAAGAAGCAGCCUGACAGGUCCGGCGAUACCGAAGACGCGAAGAAUGUGGAUGCCGAGGAGCUCCUGCAGAAUGUGAGCACACACACCUCAUGUUGGAGAGGAGAGACAGACAGUGGAUAGGAAGCAUGGCUGGGAGUCCAUGUAUGGGGGAGGUAGUAUCCCUUUAUAGCAAUGCUCUGCAAACUAUGGCUACCACGUGUUAUGGUCUGACUUUACCCAACACUCUCAGACAGCUCAGUGGCUGGCUGGGCAUUAAGGGAAAUGCAGUCCAUACCAGAGUGGCAAAGGAUAGCUAAUACUUUUCAUAAUGUGUUCUUAAAUAUUGAGAAAAGAAUACACACUAAAUGCAUAUAACAAUAAAUAAAAUAACAGUUAUAACAAUACUGGGACAUAAUUGGCGAGUUCUAUAGGUGUUAUUAUACAUGAGAUAAAAUGUCAUUUAUCCCACAAUAUACACAUCUUAUGUGAUUGGAUCAGUGUGUAAUUGUUGAAGUUAGAAGUAGUCUAUAGAAUGUAAGCUCGAUUGAGCAGGGUCCUUUUCAACCUAUUGUUCCCGUAAGUUUUUUGUAAUUGUCCUAUUUAUGGUUAAAUCCCCCCUCUCAAAAUAUUGUAAAGCGCUACGGAAUCUGUUGGCGCUAUAUAAAUGGCAAUAAUAAUAGUCUGUUAAGGCGGAUCUAUCAGUCACUGGGGUCUUUGCACAUUUCGUAAAGAUUUAAAACUGACAGGUCCAGUGGCUGCGGCAUGCCGGGGAGGUGAGUUUUAUUUAUCUCAGGCUGUCCCUCACAGUCGCUGCAUUUCUUAAGCGGCUGUUCUCUUCAGCUGCUGGAGAUUUAGUUGCAGUGAGCCAUGUCCGUGUGUCUGUGUUGUACUCUGACACAUGCUGAUUUCGUGAGAUACUCCAUAGACAGAGACUGAAACUUAUAGCAGGUGGGAUUUGACAAUAUUUGACAGCAGAGUUCCACCUUUUGUCAGCUUUUGUCUCCUCAGGCUUUACCAUAAGACAAUGGAGUCCCUGUUUUGUCUUCUGGUAUCUUUGGAAUUUUGUUGGAAUUCCAAAGACAUUCCAACACUGUCUUGAUGAGUAUUUCAUAAAGAUUAUAUAUUUGAUAUCCUCAAAAGUGACAGACCCGCGUUAAAGGGAUCCUAUAGUGCCAGAAAAACAAAGCCGUUUUCCUGGCACUAUAGGGUUAUUAGGUCCCCCUCCCGCGGGUUUAAAUUCCCUUCAGACUCUUACCUGAAUUGGUGCUGGGCCAGGCUCCUCCCCUGCUGACGUCAGCAUCAUGCGCAUGUGGGGCAAUGGCUGCGAGCGCAUUAGACCUCCCCAUAGGAAAGCAUUAUACAAUGCUUUCCUACAAGGAAAAUCUGACACUGGAGGUCCGUGAGGAUGUCCAAUGGCAGAUAACGGACCAAAAGUCUGUUUGAAUUCCAGAGGCGCUCCCAGUGGCUGUCUGGUAGACAGCAACAGAGGGAAGACUUAGAGCUGCAAUGUAAACAUUGCAGGUCUCUGGAACUGCAAUGUUUAACAUUGCAACACUAAGUGCAAAAGGGUCACAGCACCCAGACUACUUCAAUUAGCUGAAGGGGUCUGGGUGCCUACAGUGUACCUUUAAGGUCAUGUAGGUUUAGAGUGUUCAUUUUGGGUAGUGCUAGGGCAGCAUUGAGAUCUAUGUAAGAUUAGUGGUAGUCAGUAUGACCUGAUCUGUACUGAUUAUGGCUUCUGAACUGCAUGGAGGUAGACCGUGCAUUAUUUCCCCACUGUAGAGGAAAAUUGCAAUACGCUAGGUGGUCGCUCAAUUUUGUGCAGCUUGAGUGAUGUCUAGUUUCAGUGCAGUUACCGGUAUUCUCAGUCAGUUAAUAAUUGCACAAAUGCAUAAUUAAAGGAAUACUUUAAUGUUAUAAACACAAAUAUGUAUUAUUAGAUCCCCAAGCCCUUUCGAACGUAAAAAAAGUUACAUUUAUCUUUCCUCUAGCAGUAUGUCAGUCUUGCUGUGACCGCUGCUCCUUUUUUGUGUGAGAUCAUGCAGAACACUGACAGAUGAAAUGUUCUCACUAUUCCACAUGCACUACAAUUGCUGCUCUGCGCCAAUAGAAUUAUUCUGAUAGAAAAGCAUUACAUUGUUUUUCUAAAGGAAAACUUAAAAUUGUCCGGCAUCGUCGUGACACAAAACUUAAAUUUUUCUAGUCUUUACUAGGAAGUGCCUCAAGUGGCAGUUUGAUGGACACCCACUAGAGGCACACUGAUGCCAAACCAUACAUUUGUCACAGUGCAGGGGCACCCUCUAGCACCAAGACCACUACACUUAACUGUAGUGGUCUUGGUGCUUAAAAUGACCCUUUUAAAGGUAACAUGGUGUUUUAUUCUUUUAAUAUCCAAAUUAUAUAUUUUCUUUUAAUUAAAGCAAAUGUGUAGAGUUACAGAUAAAGGUAAAAUAUUUUUAUUUAUGAAGCAAAUUAAAAGUGGCAAUGUUUAAGGCAAAAAUCUCCAAUAUUCAUAGCUUAGAUAUUUUAGCUUUAAUUCUUGCAAUUUUGAUUUUAAUUAGUUAUAGUUUGCUGUAUAGUGAAUACACCCCACAGUAUUUCAUCUUUAUCCAAUUCCAGCUGAACUGCAGAGAGUAGCUGCACAGACAUUUCAUGUAUAUUUACACCUUGCUUUACAAAACUCUCCAAAAUGCUAAAAUCAUCUGUAUUCUUUCCCAGCUCCAAAGUCCUUCUGCAGAAGUAAGGGAGUUUGCAUGUGCCAGCAUCUCUACCCUUGUCCAACAGAAACAGGUUAUCCCUUCCUUUCUUCAGAGAGAUGCAGUCCGAUGCCUUGGUCCAUUGCUGCUUGAUAAAUGCUUGUCUGUCCGCGAGACUGCUGCUGGUGCCUUACGGUAAAAGACAAAAACAGCUAUAAGCUGGUGGUGUGUGCUUCCUGUGCUAAUGCAUUCAGUUGAUUUUUUUUUUUUUUUAGGAAUCUGAGCACUUGUGGAGGGUAUGAUGUAUGUGAUGACAUGGUAACAAGGGACAUCAUGACUCCAUUGGUGGCUUUGCUAAAAGAGGUAUGCUAUAUUCUUCUGCAAAAUAAUUGCUCUUAGCACCUUCCAAAAUUUGUGUGUUAUGUGUUAUUGAACGUUUAAAGUGUAAGCAUUAAAAGAUGUCCAUGCACACUAUUGCACAAUCAUACAUCACCAAUAGUGUAGUCUUAUUUGUGUGUCUAUAUAUAAAUUUUCAGGUUUCUGUUCUGUGCUAUCUAGCUUUUGUAAGGAAAUUAACUGUGUGAAGGGGUAAAAGGGGAAGGACAUAGAGGGACGCUAGUGUAGUCCCACAUUCUCACUGCUGUAUGGCUCCUUCGUGGAUGCCCUACAUCUACUGUGUAAGUGAAGCAAAGCAUUUUUGGGGUAAAAUUGUCCAAAUGUAGUUUUGGUAUCUGAAGCAAAUGUUUAGGCAAUUGUGUGGUGUUUUUUUUGUUUUUGUUUUUUAAACCCUUUUCUGGGUGAGGAAAAUUGGAUAGACUGAAAUUGAUGCACAUUCACUGCACACAUAAUGUGUGGGAGAUUUGGAAAUUAUAGUAGUAGGUCCUAAUAUACCUAAAACAAUGACUUCACAUGCCUGCUUGCACUUUCCAUAGUGUGUUAGCAAAGUAAAAGUCAGAUUGGUGAGGCAUUUACCGUUAGGACAGAGUUGUAGGGUGACUUGGCCUUUGUUGGGUUUAGUGUUAAAGGUCCAAUACCCUUGAUCUGUAUUAAAGCAAUUGAUUUAACCCAUCAAUGGGAUUUGAUUAUAAUCUGGCUUGCUUUAUAUGGUUGUGGUAGAUAUGCAUAGCAAAUGGGCUGCUUUUAGCAGCAAAUCAUACAGCAUUGUUUGAAUGUUAGUGCACACAAACUGAGAUACCAACAUUUGACUACUGUUCUGUGUUUAUGAAUAAAAUAAAGAUAUGUUUUUAAACUCUUUUAUUUUUAUUAUGAUUUUAUAAACAGUGCACUACAGGCUUAGAUGCAAAUAUGGAGCCUACAAUAAAAACCAAAGACCUGUCAAAGAAAUGUGUGGAAGACAUUGCAAUCCAGGCUAUUAAUGUACUUUGGAAUGUUUGGUAAGAAUUUAUAUAUUUUUUGUUGUUUCCCCUCAACCCUUUUAAAAUAAACCUGCUUUUUCGUUCAAACAGCAGAAAAUUUGUACAUAUGUUUUUAAAAUUCUGCAGAUGUCUUUAUAUUUUUAACUUAUUUUUGAAUCACUGUGAGCACUGUAAGCUUAUUUUGUUUAAUUUGACAAACCAACAAAGUAGGGCUUUAAAGUUCUGUGAGAGCGUUGAUGUAGCAGGAAUGGGGUGUGACUGGUCCUAAGCUCUGUAUCCAGAGCUGCCCUCUUAUAUCAAAUGCCCAUUCUUCCUUGGUCUUGCCGUCUACUCGUGCAUCCUCCAUGCCUCCUCCCAAAACACACAUUCAGCCAGAAUAAUAGCUUUAUGCUAACAGGUUGUCAGACUCUGUAGUAAGUCCUCACUGUCUCCAGAAAGCAACCCUAAACUUCGUCAAUGGAAUAUCUGAAAGAACCAGGCUUAAACUGCUGUUUCUAAAGAAUCUUUUGUCAAAUUCUUUAUUUUAAACUGGGACUAGUAUUUUACGACUCUACAUUCCAUUUGUGGUUCGAAAUGUAAGUAGUGCUAGGUGUGCAAAACUGAUUUAUCAACCCAUGACAUUAUGCCUGUGGCAUAUCAAUAUACAGUAUGCAAACUGUUCAACUUGAACAUCUAGGCACAACACUGCAGCAAGGUACCCUUCAACCAACAGAUGGCGCUGCACCAAAUGAAAUCAAUGUUAUAGGUUACACGUGUGCUGACUGAGUCCAUAGAAGUGCCCAUAAUCUGUACCCAGGUGGCUAGCGCUCAAUCCCUUAAACUAGCAUCUAGUCUUUUUACAACAUUUCUGAGAUGAUCAGAAAGUGGGUUACGUGUUCUUUGUAGCAUAAAAGGAACAGCAACAGGAGCAUCUAUUAUGAAAGGGGAGCUUCUGUUAUAUAAGGGAAUUAACAACUCAUGUCUAUGACUUGGUAGGACUUGAAGGUCCUGCUCCUUGAGACUAGAGCUUGCAAAUAACAAUGCUAUUCCUGUCUCUUUGGUGUUUGGUGCUGAGCAUGGAUAUCCAUGCAUAGCACCAGUCAUUACAAAAGCAGAGACAGUCUUUACAUUUUCCUGCAUCUGAUAUUGUUUGCCUAUAAAUUAGGGAUCGACAAUUAUCGAUCUGGCCGAUUAUUGGGUAUUUUCGGCAAUAUCGGUAUCUGCCAAUAAAUAUACCAAUAUUGCCGAUAAUGCAUACCAGGUCCGCCGGGUCCAUUACAAGCCUGGCGGUCCUGGGAGGCCCAGCACAUUCCCUGAGUCCGUCAACAGAAUUAAUAAAAUAAUAAUAGGCCACAUCCUGAUAGCCACCACUUCGUGCUUACCUAGGUACUGGAAAAUUAAACAUACUCCUUUGAUUAAAGAAGUGCUAAAGCUGGUCAUAGACAAUAAGUCACAAGAACUGUCACACAGAAACCACUCACACAUCUUUGCUACACUAAAAUACCAUUGGGAUUUAUGGGAAGUUGAAAUUAAACGAGUUUAAAUGCCUUGUACAUUAUUUUAUCGAUUUGUAACAUUGGAUGGACCUCCCCUUUCCUCCUUCCAAGUUUCUCCUUCUUUUCCCCUCCUUUAUUACACUGUUCUUAUAAUUUGUUGUAAAAUUUGCAAAACUUGCAAUAAAAACUAUUUGAAAAUAAAUGAUUUAAUUUUUCAAAAUGGUAAAUGUACAGAAUAUCGGUAAGUUAUCAGCCUGAAAGUUCAGAGUAUCGGCUCUAAAAGAUCAAUAUCGGUCGAUCCCUACUAUAAAUCUACCCAUGGCUUCCCAGCUGCUAGUUUAAAUCGAAUUCUUAUAAAAUAUUGACUGCUAGAGUAUGUUUCGAAAUGUAGAACAUCAUCAUCUGGUGGGAUAACUGUUGCACAACCCUGUUACAUAUUAUACACGUACACUAUUGAAUGCUGCUUUGGAGUACAGCAACAUUCCUUAUAUUGUGUAUCUGAAAUUAAAUCAAAUAUGAGCUCAUUUUAAGCUGUGUGGUUGAAUACUUCGAUUACCUUUUUUCUUUCUGAUUGUCUGUGUAGUGAAAGCAGCAGUACAGCGUUAACAAUUUUCAACAAAGAAAACUGCCUUGAAAUUGUUCUUCAGUGUCUGAGCAAGUUCCCAAAUAACAUGGAGUUGGCUAUUUCAGCAGGUGAGCAUUAUGUUGAAGUAUUAUACUAUGGAAGUAUAGAAAUGAGAUGCUGCACAAUGUACACACAGACAGACAGACCUAGCCUCCCCCCAAAUGCUAUGUUUUCUUAUGUGCUCUUCCACCACACACAAGGUUGUGAACAGCAGGGGGGAACAGGAGGAAUGGUGUGUGUGUGUGUGUGUGUGUGUGUGUGUCACAUUUUAACCUCUUUGAUGAUAGCAAUCCAUCCAGGCCCUGACACAGCAAAGCAUCCCCAAACCAUGAUGCCCCCACCACCAUACUUCAAAGUUGGGAUGAGGUUUUGAUGUUGGUGUGCUGUGCCUUUUUUUUCACAUACUUUUUCUUGCAACUGUAUAACACAUAAAGUAGUAUAUUUUUUCAUAAUUAAGAUGAGUUGUUUUUUUUUUUUUUGUUAUCCAGUGACUGAAAGGGAAGAUAAGGAGAGGCAAGACUAUUAUAUAGCCUUUUAACCCCUUAAGGACCAAACAUCUGGAAUAAAAGGGAAUCAUGUCAUGUGUCCUUAAGUGGUUAAAAAAAAAAAAUUGAAAAGCCAUUUUUUUUUUUUUAAAACCGUUUAAGACGUGUCUAUGAAGUUAAAUAUUUCUAUGUGUCUGCCUAUGCAAUAGUGCAUUUAACGGUUUCUUAUUUUCCUGCAUUAUGAUGUAUUUAUAUUUUGGUCUCCAUUGUUUUUGUUUGUUUUUAUCACAGCAUAUUGUUUGCAAACGGUCACAGAAGACAAUCCUGAGCUGCUGGCCUCUUUUGAUGCCAACUCUCUGAAGACACUGGAGUCUGUGCUGUUAUCUCCAGCUGGCAACAUGGAAAUGAGACACCUUCAGACAUUAGUUGCUGGUAAAUGGAAAUCUUUAUCAAUAUUGUGGCUACAACCUCAGCCAGUCAAAUGUGUAUUAGCACAUCUCUGUAAUUUUUCUGUGAAAGUUGUUUGUUUUUGGUUUUUUAGACACCAAAGAGGUUAACAUACAGAAGAAUUUCUGUAAAUGACUUGAACUUGCUUUUCUGUUCUUAUCAGAUUGUGAUUAUUGCACUAUAGUGCCAGGAAUACAAAUCUGUAUUCCUGGUACAGUGCCUCCCCCCCUUCCUUGCGCCUCCACCUCCCUGGUUAAUAAAGGGUUAAAUAAACCUUUAUUCACUUACCUAAUCUCAAUGCUGAUGUCACUCGGCGUUGGGCUGACGCUCCGCCCCCUCCGACAGCCUGUGACGAGCGGACUCUAAUGCACGCACAUUAGACCUCCCCAUAGGAAAGCAUUGAAUCAAUGCUUUUCCAUGGGGAACAAUCUGACACUGGGUGUCCUCAUGCUCUCUUCCUCAAGAUACUGGACGUAAGGUCCGUUUGAAACCAGGAAGCCCUCUAGUGGCUCUCUGGUAGACAGCAACUGAGGGUAGACUUACUGCUGCAGUGUAAACAUUGCAUUUUCUCUAUACUAUACCUCAGAUAUACCUUAUAUCUGAAUUAUAGAAAUAGUCUUGAUAGCUAUUGCUACCUCCUGUGCACAUAACUUUUUAAUGUGCCCAGCCCGAGGAACAAAUAAGGGAAUAAUGGUAGCACACCAACAAUACCUCACAUAAAAUGCUUCACAUAUUCAAUGACAUAUACAUAAAAGAAGAAAUAGAAAACAGAAAUAUGGUGUAAUAUUGGUAAGAACUCAUGAUAUUUACUAAAAAUCCAUAUAUUACACUCGCACAAUAUUACACAGACUCAAAGGUAUGUGCAAACACAAUAUGCCACAAAUGGCUACUAGUAAAAUUCACGACUCAGUCCACCAUUCUUUAAACCAGCUAGAUAGAGGGGUUCUCCACACAACAAAGUCUAUCCUGGCAGAUGUCUGACAUCAGUCAGACCAUCAGCGAAUAAGAAAUGAAAUUGCCAAGUUAUGUGUCUCAUUUAUCACAAAACUCUCCAGGAGCACUGCAUAAAAUGUCCAUUAUUGGCCCUGAGCCCACGUAAGUAAUUAAGAACAAAGUCAAAUCUCUCAUUGCAAAAUUUGGGACAAUGCAUAUUUUUAAAAUUCUACAUCACUGUGUGUGGAUAUUGCAUUGGAUUCAGGUUUGGGGUGAACGCUACUUGUAUGGGGUUGAUACAACAUGGUGUAGGGUUUUAGAAUACUCUGAAUUGACGUAACGAUUUGGUGUUCUAAUCUAACUUCUAGAACAUUGUAGGGUUGGAAAUAGGGUGGCUUUUAAGAUGGUUUCAAUUCAGUAUAUGUGGAAGGGCAUAUCAUGUAUCUUUGAGAGGAAGUCCCUAGUCUGUUGUGUUUUGUUUUUUUUUGUUUUUUUUUUUACCAACCAGCAACACCUACUCCAAACAAGUAAUGUUACCUAGUUAAUCAUUUUAUUGCUGGCUAGUUCAUAUCUGUGUAUUGAAUAAAUGUAUUCAUUUCUAUGGUGGUUUUUGUGAUAAUUAUGGACUUUAUUUAAUAGGUACUUCCUACUAUUCUACUUUAAGUCAAACAAUUCAAAUUUGCAUAUGGUAAAUAUGCUUGUUCUAAUUUCCAAGGUGCUGUUUGGAAUCUGAAAGAGAAGAUUCCUUCCUCCAGUCAGGCUGACUCCAUAAAUGCAAUUUUAAGGAUUCUCGCUGAAGUCCUGUCCGUGGAUUCAGGUGUAUUCAUAGCAGAGAUGAAAGAGACAGAAACCCAACAUUUAAGUGCAUUUGCAGCAGAGGCCGAAACCGAGGAAGCAGCCGCAAUCCUUGAAGAGGCCACACUGAAUGAGGAAAAUGGGAUGAUAGAUGGUGCAAUUAAAGAAAAGAAACCAAAUGACAUUUCUGACUUCAUUCCAGUGAGUAAAUCAAUAUGACACUCUUACCAUUUUGGCAGUUAUUAUUUUGUGUCUUUCUGAGGUUAGAUCUUUCCUAUAAUGUACUUUUUAGCGAUCUUGGCUUUAGUUUCUUCUUCUUAAAAAGAUCUUUUUUAAAGUCUCUCCACUAACCCCAUCCAUGAUACAAAGGUGUCAAGAAAAUAUUAAACAGAAGGUUAGACCAUGUCAAACAAACGUAAUUAUUUUUUUUCCAUGGGAAAUUGUAUAAAUCAGGGUUAUCUAAUGGAUGCAAUCUACUUGUAGUAUGCCGAAACAUUUUAUACGGUUCCAUACAGAAAGCUUGCUGUUACUGUGAGAUAGGUUUAUUGGAAUGGUUGGACACAGGUGGUUGGUUGAAUAGAGAAUGGAAUAUUAAAAUGUCCAUUUUAGUUAUGGAUUAAAAAAGAGAGAAUCUCUUUUACUGGUUAGUUGGCCAUUGGUAAAUGUAAUCCAUUAUCCUGGGCCCUGCAGAAACAUGCUUGACACCUUGUGGUUUAUGUCUCAGGUCAACUUCUCUUAAAUCUGGUUAUAAUUUUUUGACAUAACACAGGGGCAAUAAUCAUAAGGCAGAAGAGACCUGGUAAUGGAAAUUGCUGUGGCUGUUAGGAAUAAAAUUGUGCAUUGACUGAUAACUACACUUUCUAAAAUCUAUAGCUAGUGAGAGGAAGAAAAUAGCAUUAAAAAAAAAAAGCGCUUUCAUAAGAAUGCAAGGAAACUUACGUAGCCUCCGAAGUGACCUGCUUUAAAAGUCAUAAUGAUUUUGUAAUGGCUUCUGAUGUUGAUGAGAACCUGUGUCACUCUGACCUUUCUCCAUGAUAAGAUAUCUGGGUAUAACUCAUCGGCAGUCAACUCCAGAGUGCAAUCAGUUCACCAUUCAGUAAAAAGUGAGUUGGUUAGGUUUAAAUGUGAGUGGUGUUUUGUACCUCACAGCAGACACUGUUCUAUUAUUAUUUUUAUUUAUUUAUUUUUGGUAAUAGACUAACACCCCUCAUGGCAAUUCCAUGGACUUGCAAGGGGAGAGAGAGAGUAUAAAUCCCACCCAAAAGGGCCCUACAAAUCAUAGGAGAAAGAAUAGAAGGAUAGAAGUCUCCUAUGACAAUAUGACAGUUCACUUAUUGUCUCACAUGUUUCAGCAUUGUGCUUCAUUCUCUUAUUAUUCCAAUGUGGCUGAUUAGGUGCCUAACAAAUGUUGUAGCUUCCCACCCAUAAAAAUCUUAUUGCCAUGAAUGUGUAGAACAACAUUUUCCUUAACCACCUUAGCUCUAUUCCUCAAUGUGCGAUCCAUUGGUCCUCUGACUUAAAAACCACCAUGUCUGCUUUAAACAACUGAUGUAAGUCCUUUAUAAUGUCAACUUUAGUAGAUGUUGUUUCCUGUUUGAUUUCUAAAGGUAAGUUCAGAGAACUUUCCCAUUUAACUGCCUCUUAAAACAAGAGUCCUUUUGUACCAAAGCCGCUGCCAUUGUGGGAUUAGGAGUCCACAUGAUAUUACUAUUCUCUCCGGUCCCUUCAAAAAGAUUCAUACUUUAGUUUUUCAUCUUUCCCCCCACACCAUCCACAAAGUAUUGUAACAAUUGUGCUGGUUCUGCGAGCCAGAAAAAUUGCAUAAAUCUAAAAGUGGCUGUGCUGCUAGUGGUUAUGGUGUGUGUAUUAUUCCUUUUAUCUCUUGAAAGGGGCAUAGAUGUCAUGACUAUUCUCAUGCUGAUUAUUUAGGCUGUUACAUGUUUCCUGUCUCUUUGUUCAGCAUCUGGCAUUAUGACAAAGUAUAAUUUUGAAUUUAAGUAAAAAUAGCUGACAUGGAGCAAUUGUCUAUGCUUUCCGUGUGGCUUCUCUGGCCUUGAAUUUGAAAUUCACUUUGAUUUUGCAAUUUGGUGAAUAGCCCUGUAGGUGUUUUGUCUAAACUCUUUGCAUUUUUGGGAUGUUAAUGUUAGACUGUUUUGUCCAUUGAAUAACAUGUUUAAUCUUUGUUUGUUUAUUUAUUUUUUAUAUUGUAUCUGCUCUUUUUUAUUUUUUUAUUUUUUUUAAAUUAGCCUGCAAAUGAAGAGGUGAGGCAAGUUUCAGCUUUACUGGUGGCACAAAGAACUGCACUAGAGAUGAUAGUCAACAUGUGCUGCAGUGAAGGUUUGUGUGUUUUGUUUUGUGUGUGUGAAUAGAUGUAAUUUGCACUUUUAUAAUCUAUUAUACAUAUGUUAGCCAUGUUUUCAUGGACAAUUCAUGUAACAGGACAAAAAUGUUUGCCCUUUAGAUCCUUCAGAUGAUGAAUGGGAAGCAAUGUCAAGCAGUGAUGAGAGUGAGAUGUGCAUUGAGAAUUCUGUGACCAACAGUGGAGGCCAGUUACUAACACCAUUGUGCUUGUCCGAUGAAGUUCAUUCUGCUCUUCUGAACCACACUAUUCCAAAGAAGGUAAAGUGAUCUUUUUAUACUACCGAGUAGCAUCAUUAUAUCAUUCAGGAAGUUUGUCCACAAGGGCCGGAUCCUUCUAAAUUUGCUACAUUAUUUAUAAAUCAUAAUGUGACAGAGCUUGCAUAACAUCGUCUGAAAUACAUAGAUAACUCUGUAUUAAGCACUUAAAUUUUUGUUUUGUGUUGGUUAAUUCUUUAAAAAAAGAGAAAAUAAAUUCACACAUAUAUUUUGUUCAUUUAAUUUAUUUUCAGGUUUUUGAAAAGACUGCUUUUCCCAGUAGCUCCGCUGUCGAGAUCUGCAAACAGGCUUCAGCAUGGAAACCGUUAAUUGCAAAGUAACACAUUUUGAUUUAUUUGUUUUGAGAACAUACCUUUUUUGUAGUGUGCCUAUUAAGUGUCCUUUUCUAAAAUUGUGGUUUUUGUUUUUUAAAUUUUAAACGCACAAAAGAAAAACACUAGCUAUGGUUUUCUGUUGCCUUUCUGCUGGCAUAUAAUAAGGCGUCAUCCAUCAAAUGCGGCAGUGUUAUGUCUUUGGCAAUGUCCUGCUUGGAAACGUUGGGUCCAGGUAUAGAGCAGUUAAAUCAUUAGGAUUUCUGUUAUCUGUGCAUGCUUUUUUUUCUUUUACACUCUAAGGAACAUGGCAACUACAGCUCCAUCAAGCGUUUAUGUUACCAAGAGUCUAUGGGUACCUCCGUUAUUUUUGUCAAACUGUCUGUAAGUGGUUUGUCAAAAAUGGGGUCUCCUUGAAAUUCAGAGACCACUCGGUCUCCAGGCUACCUGAGUGACAUGGAAUUUACACUAACUUACUGUAAAUCUCAUGUUCGUCUGAGCGAGUGUUGGAGGUGAAUUGAUGUUGAUAAUGCAGAAGUAUAAAUUCCACCCCCUUACGACUGGGAAAGGGGCUGUCUCAAAAUUCUCCUUUUUCCAAAUGCCUUAACAAAAACAAACAGAGGAUUCUGGCAUGGUUUUUGGCCAGGAAGUUUCUGUGUACAUGAUAUGAGGUCCUGUCAUUGUUUUGAUUCUUUAGGCUGUGCUGGUUGAUCAGGUAUUCUAUUUGGUUGUGUUUGCAGGAUGUACACUGUGCAGCUCCGAGCACUGACCUGCCUGCACAAUAUCCUGUCUAUGCUCGACAUAGAAGACUUGGGAGGGGCCCCUGCAUUACAAGAGCUGGCUCUGCACCUCUCUGGGGUAGUCUUCACUCAAUCAGGUGGGUAACAUUCACACACGUUUAAAGAUUUUUAAGGCAUAAUAAAACUAACCUGGCAAAAUUCUCCAAAGUCAUUUUUGCUUUCAGUUUUUAUAAUGUCUGGCAUUAAAUUUCAAAUUCACUUUGAAUUCUUAGUUUAGUAAAUAAUCCGGCUUUUGUAAAUUUACCUUUUAGACUGUUGUUCUUCUACCUUUUUCAUUAAUAAUUGGUGUUGAAUAUUCCUUAUACCUCAGCUAACUAAUGGUUUAAAGGACCACUCUAGGCACCCAGACCACUUCAGCUUAAUGAAGUGGUCGGGGUGCCUGGUCCCUCUAGGAUUAACCCUUUUUUUAAUAAACCUAGCAGUUUGAGAGAAACUGCUAUGUUUAUAAAUGGGUUAAUCCAGCCCUCAAAUCCUCUAGUGGCUGUCUCAUUGACAGCCACUAGAGGCGCUUGCGUGAUUUUCACUGUGAAAAUCAGUGAGAGCACGCAAGCGUCCAUAGGAAAGCAUUGUAAAUGCUUUCCUAUGAGACCGGCUGAAUGCGCGCGCAGCUAGCCGACGAGGAGGAGGAACAGAGGCGGAGAGCUCCCCGCCCGACGCUGGAGAAAGGUAAGAUUUUAACCCCUUUCCUUUCCCCAGAGCCCGGCGGGAGGGGGACGCUGAGGGUGGGGGCACCCUCAGGGCACUAUAGUGCCAGGAAAACUAGUAUGUUUUCCUGGCACUAUAGUGGUCCUUUAAAAACUAAUGAUGAUAUGGCUAGUGAGUGGCAUAUCAUUGACUAUGUAUUAUUAGUGUAACAGUUCCCAAUAGAAACAACACAAUGUUGCAUAAGAUUUCCUUAUUUCAUAAGCUUUUAAAAGAGGAAAAUGUAACCAUUUUUGUUUGACCUAUCCCAUAGCUUCCCUGUUUUUAACGCCAAUGACGUCCCCAGAUAUGUGAUAUUUUGAUUGAAUGUUUUAAUAAACAGGGUAAUUUGCUUCAGCUGACUUUUGUGGUGUAUGUGUUGUGGUGCAAGAUCUGCAGAACCAAAGCCCCCUAAGUGAUUGCUUUGAUGGAAAAUUGGCUUCUUUCUGAACAGGAUGUUUGAGAAUGAGUGGGGAUCUUCAAUAAAGCACUGUAGGGAGGUUAAUUUGAAUAUAGCGAAAAUGUUCCAUCUGUUUUCACAUUUACUAAAAAGAAAGACUUAAUUGCAAGUUUUUGCGUUUGAGAGAAGAGUCUCCCAAUUAAUGAUCAUUGUCCCAGAUGAAUUGCUCUGAACAUGUUGUUUUCUUUUAAAUUUUUCCUUAGAUAUUCCAAAAAAGGAUGAUUUUUUGGAAGCAGCAAGUAGUGCUGUACGUGCCUUACUUCAGACUAUGGCAUCCAAAGGAAUACCACAGGUAUGUGUCUAAAUCAAGCCCUGGUUAUCCUUAAAUGUGCCACUAAACUUUUAAACUCAUUUGUGAAAAAAAAACGUAAAAAACAAGUUUAUUUUGUUUGCAUGCAUAAUGACUGUUCGCUUGGAGAUCUCUUGUGGGAAUCUUAGAUAUAAAAUGUGAUGUGGCGGGCGGGCGGCCUUUGAGUAAUUAAAUAACAUCCCUUUGUUUAAAUAUACAUAGUGGUUUGGGAGCGAGCACAGGUAACCUUUUUUUUUCUUUUGGUUUUUACUGUAUGUAUUGGGGCUGAUGUGUACUAUGGUCAUUGCUGCUGCCCAGGAGUGAUGGGAGCUUGAACAGAGGAGUUGUUGUUUUAAUUUAUUUUAAUUUAUUUUUUUGUAUUUGUAUUCACUUUUUGUAUCACACAGCUAUGUUACAAUGCUGACGCCCAUCCCAUACAUUCCUUAUUAAGGGUUAAUAAGUAUGUAGGGCUGGAUAUAAAAAAAAAAACUUCUCUGUCACAUUAGAGAUAUAUUUUCCAGAAGCUCAAGGAAGCAAGGUGAAAGGUUAGUGUAGGACACACCUGAGAGGUUUGUCUUGAAGUGACAGGUGGACUAAACUCUCUCAUGGCCACUGGAGAAACAAAAUAACCUCAAUUUGUUUAAAUAUAUAGGGAUUUGGGAGAGAGUGCAGGUAACCUUUUUUUUUUUUUUUACUGUAUGUAUUGGGGCUGAUGUGUACUCUGGUCGCUGCUGCCGCCCAGGAGUGAUGGGAGUUUGAGCGCAGGACUUUUUUGUAUAGAUAUAAAAUGUUCCAAAGUGUUUUAUUAUUUUAUUUUUUUUUUAUUCAAUGGACCAUGACCAGCCCUCCAUAGAUUUGGAACAGCCAAUUUCAAAUUCGAAAUGCAAAUAAAUGAACCCAAGCUGGAUGUACUUUUUUUUAUUUUAUACCAAUAUUUGUAAUAAUACAAAGAAAAUAAAAGGAAAGGGGGCUACUUAAAGGGAUGGUAUUAAAAAAAGUACUUUAUAUAAGUAGAUAAUAAAAUAUAGUCCAAGUAACUUAACACUAGCCCAAUAUAGUGGAUCCACAGCAGUAGGGAGAGUUCUUGUGGAACGGCAGUUAAAAAGGAUGGUCACGAGUGUAGGCUUGUAGUCCAAUGGAACAUGUGGGGAAGAAACAAAAAGAGACUCCAAUGGUACCGUAUAUAGAUGCACUUAAAUAUUAGGAUUAUAAUAAUAAGGAACUACUCACAAUAUCCAGAGCUAAAAUCCAACUCUGGUGUGGAAUGAUCCCCACUCAAGGAUAUAUGAAGUACUUCCGAUAUUGAAAUGUAUAUGACAGUACGGUAGUCCAACAGCAGAGUGGUCUAACCCAGAAUAAAAGAAAUAAAAUAUAGUGCUCACUGUAUCUUUUUAAAAUAAAAAUAUGAAAUAUACUCACAGUAUAUUGAGCAGGCUCACUGCUCGAUAAAUAGCGUAUGGGUGGUAUAAUCCCCACCUAAGGAUUCUUUGUGCUUCUUUUAAGCGAUGAAAAAUAAUGUAGUCAGGUCAGGAUAUUUAAAAUAAAAUAUAUAGUCAAAGAAAGGAAUAUGGCAACCAAAGUGUAUAUAAAGCCAAAAAAUUCCUUUAUCACAAACCUAAGGUUUCUAGACUCUUUUUGCCUGAACAGGCUUCUUCAAGUAGAAACUAGUAAAAACAGACCUGACACAAAUGAGUUUAUAUAGGAUAAAUUAAUUGCAUUGAGAUUUGAAUAUUCCUGCCAUAAUGACGUCAUCAUAAUCUUAUUAGAAAGUUACAUAAUAAAAAUUCAACUUUGCAACAUGGUUAAAAGUAAGUAAACUAUUAGGGUAUAUUAUAGAAGGUUAUUUUUAAAGGACCACUAUAGGCAUCCAGACCACUUCAGCUCAAUGAAGUUGUCUGGGUGCCAGGUCCCUCUAGGGUUAACCCUGUCUGCUGUAAACAUAGCAGUUUCAGAGAAACUGCUAUGUUUACAUUAGGGUUAAUCCAGCCUCUAGUGGUUGUCUCAUUGACAGCCGCUAGAGGCGCUUCCGUGCUUCUCACUGUGAUUUUUUCUCUAACGGCUCAGCUCCCUGAUCAUCACACAUGCGUCCCACCUAUCAAUGACGCAUGCGUUCCACCCGAGAUUCUCUUUAUACUCUAUUCUAAAGUCUCGUUUUUAUUAAAUAAUAUUAAAGGACCACUAUAGUGCCAGGAAAACUAACUCGUUUUCCUGGCACUAUAGUUUUAAUAGGUCCCCCCCCUACCUAUUAAAACUAUAGUGCCAGGAAAACGAGUUAGUUUUCCUGGCACUAUAGUGGUCCUUUAAUAUUAUUUAAUAAAAACGAGACUUUAGAAUAGAGUAUAAAGAGAAUCUCGGGUGGAACGCAUGCGUCAUUGAUAGGUGGGACGCAUGUGUGAUGAUCAGGGAGCUGAGCCGUUAGAGAGAGAAUCGUUGCGUCACCACGGGGGCGGAACCUCGUGGUGAUAGCGACAAAGAGAUACAUUUGCCGAUAUGCUGUCUAGUCAAAUUGGCAGAACAGACAACACAGGCAAGCAUAUCUCAAACGAGUCACUGGAUCAAGACCCAAAGGAAGUGCAGAGAGUAGACUGAUCUCCUGCACAAUUCGUAAAACGAAGCAUAAACAUAGGACCCAAAGGCACAUACAUUAAAAAAAUUAUGCAAUAACAGAUUUGAUAGACUUGUAGAACAAUAUCUAAAUAGAAAAGGCUUAUACGUAAGAAGAUAUAUGUAGUGCACAAUGAUAUAGGGAUAUGUAUAAAAAACAAUAGAAUAACAUGAAAUAUUGGUGCUAAAGGAUUAAAUGAGACAUUAUAAUAUUUGACAUUUGUGAAUAAUAACAUGCGCGCGCACACACACACAUGAUUGAGUUUUUAAAAUUAAAAUAUAUGGGUAAAAAUUAAUAAAUAGUAAAAAUGAAUAAAAAUGAAAUGUCAGAAAAACACUAGUAGAAUCUAUAAUCAAUAUUAUUAUAAAAAAAUUACAAAGGUCAAAGUCUAGAUUUAGACCUUGUGGGGCAAGAGUCUUUAGAUUAUAUGCCCAUUCCAUUUCUUUGCUCCCUAAAAUCUAUUUUAGAAUUUUUACCGUGUUUUAAAAAAUGUUUUGAUACUGAAUGGUUCUCAUAACCUUUUGUAAUAUUCCGGCAGUGUUCUGCCAGUCUGGUCUUAAGAUUUCUGGUGGUCAUGUCGACAUAUUGGAGCCCGCACGGGCAUUCCAGUAAAUAAUAUAAAUUUUUUGUGUUACAAUUGAUGACUCUUGUUUUUUUUUUUUUUUAUAGAGUGUUUGGUUUUUCUGUGUGAUUGACUUAAAAGAAGUGUUUUUUUAUUUAAUGGUAUUGUCUGUACGUUUCCAGACUACACAUUUGUUGCAUUUUAAAAAACCUUUAGGUUUGGUCAGAAAGGAGGAGGAGCAUAGGGAAGGAGUAGUACAAUUUUGUUUAGUGUAAUUUUUUGUAAGGAUAUAUUUAAAGCUGGGUGCUCCUCUAAAUAUAACGUGGUUUGUCAGGAAUAAUUCCAGCUAGAGUAUCAUCCUGUUUUAAUAUAUGCCAGUGUUUAUUAAUGAUCUUUUUCAUAACAUUACUUUUGUUAUUAAAAUCAAAAAUAAUUGGCAAUGGUGGGGCAUUUUUUGUGUUUUUGUUAUCUCUAUACUCUAAAACAGGCUUCCCCAAAUACUGGCCCUUCAGGUGUUGCUGAACUACAACUCCCAUGAUUCUCAGCCUAUUUCAUUCAUAGAAUCAUGGGAGUUGUAGUUCAGCAACAUCUGGAGGGCCGGAGUUUGGGGAAGCCUGCUCUAAAAGAUCUGGUCUGGUUUUUUUUUUCUCUAAUACUUUUUAUCGUUUGGUUUAAAUUAUUGAUGGGGUAGUUGUUUUUUUUGGGAAAUUUUUUUUUUUUUAUUUAUUUUUUUAAAGGGUAUGUGAUUGUUCCUCAAAAUCCUGAGUGUGAGAGCAGUUCCUUCAAAGACGAAGGAACUGACUCUUUAGUGUUCCAUGGAGCCAGGGUUUGUGGUGGCAGCUGGACAUAUCUCUAACAUUAUUGGUGCGCACAUUUAAAAAAAAAAAAAAAAGUCUUUGUAUUUAUCUGAUUAUUUUGGAUACAAAUUUCCAAAUCUAAAAAAUGAAUGAGUGGCUAUAUUCCCAAGAUAAAACAAUGCCUUUAUUAUUCAGAUUUAAGUAUCAUAAAAACUAGUUAAGAGAGUUUUCAGUGCCCUCCCAGAUUAAAAAAAAAAGAAAAAAAGUCGUCAAUGUAUCUAAAAUAUGUGACCAGGUUUGUCUUCCAGUCAUGCCCGCCUAAAAUGGCCGUGGAUUCCCACUCUGCCAUAAAGAGGUUUGCAUAACUGGGGCAAACCUGGUGUAAUAAUACACCUGUGCUGACACAUCCUUGCGUAUAGCUGUACUAUUGUGAGAGACUCUGUGACCUCUCUGUUCUAUGUUAUAACAAGCUAUUUUUAACUUGUUUGCCAUUCUUAUACAUGGUUUUUGUAUUCCUCUUUCUGCAUUCCAGUCUGUUCCUUGCAGUUUACGUCUAACUUUACAUUUUUACUUUUUGUCCUUUCUCGUGUUUUCUUUUUUGCAGUGUAUGACCCCAGAGCAGAUAAUCAGUCUCGGUGAAGCAUGUGCCCAAAGCAGCAAUACAAGUGCAAGGGUGAAUGCUGUCAGUAUUAUAGGCAUCACAGGAAGUGUCCUGGCAAAAGCAGAGAGUACAGUAGACAUACUGAAGGUAAUAAAGCAGAGCUCUACAAUGAGAGAAAAAAUUUGAAAUGUUUUUUUUUUCUUGUGGGGUGUUACUGGUAUGCAGUGGUUAAUACGCACCAAAAGUGGUGCAUGGAAGGACAACUGCUAAACCGGUGUCGGGGUCAUGGGCGCCCAUGGCUCAUUGAUGCACAUGGGGAGCGAAUGCUAUCCCCUCUGGUACAAUCACACUGAAGAGCUACUGUAGUUCAGAUUACAAAAAAAAAAAAAGUAAUUAUAUGAAGGUGUCAGAACACAGUGCAAUGCAGCUUGCUGUGUAUGGGGCUGCGUAGCCGCAGAUUGGCCAUGAUGACCCCUAUCCUUGGACAAUGUCCUGCUUGGAAACCUUGGGUCCUGGCAUUCAUGUGGAUGUUACUUUGACAUGUGCUACCUACCUAAGAUUGUUGCAGACCACUAUACCCCUUCAUGGAAGUCCUGUGCCCUGAUGGCAGUGGCCUCUUUCAGCAAGAUAAGGCACCCUGCCACACUCGGCCUCCAAAUUCCACUUCAACCAACUGAGCAAAACUGUUGAAUUUGCUAGCUAGAACAACAAAUCCAAUCCAUGGAAGCCACUCCUUGUAACUUGAAGGACUUAAUGGAUCUGCUGCUAAUAUUUUGGUGCCAGAUAAAACAGGACUUGUUCAGAGGUCAUGUGGAGUACGCCUCAACACAUCAGAGCUAUUGUGGUAGCCCAAGGUCAACCCAAUCAAUCUGAGGCAGGGGUUUUAAUGGUUUGUGUGUAAAUGUAUGUGUAACAAUUUAAGCAAAUAUUUGAGCUAAUGAGAGAUUCUAUAAUAAACAUAACAAACAAGGGGGUAAUCCCAAACCGCAAAUAAUAAUUUGAAAGUUUACACACAUGCAUGUUUACAGUGAUAGUACUGGAAUGGAUUAUUCAAAGUACCUGCCGCCUCCUGUUUUUGUGCAUAUUUCAGUACCACUUUCACACACUUCAUAAGAUAAACUGAUCCAUAGAGACCCCUUUUUCUUAAUUCUGUUAUGUGAUCAUUUCUACCUGUUUUUUGGUUCCCCCUUUAGUCUAUUGGAAACUUUCUCCUUGGAGUUGCUACCAAUGACUCCUCUCUGGUUGUGUCGGGUGCUGCACUGGAUGCUAUUUUUGAUGUGUACGCUGAUGGUGAAGUAGCCGAGAAGGCAGCUGUAGAGAUCAAAUUGCUGCAGAACUUAAAGAAAAUUCAACCUUUAUUCAAAACAAAGGUAUGCUUAAUGAAUACAUGUCACAUUAAAAUAUAAAUAAACCUCCUACUUACUCAUUUGCAUGUGUCUUCUUUGUGGAAAUUUGAAAAAACAAACAAGCCAAAACCAACUAAAAAUAGACCAGUACUUGUUUCAAGUUACAGUAACCAUGACCACUAUUUCCAGACUGGUUAUUUCUUCAGCACUUUGCUGUGAUACACUUACUUUUUUGUAAUAUAUAAACUAAUCUGAAACCUGUUCAGUAGCUUUAGGUAUUUUCCACUUGUAGUGAUAUGUAUGCUUUUGUUUUGGGUUUUUUCGGUUAGAUAUUUCCAAACUUUGCAGUUUUAUGGUGGCAUGUAGAAGAUCUUGCCAUGUGUAUUAAUAGAAAAGUGACUAGUCCUAGUUCUCUUAUUCCACAGACGUACAUUUUAAAUAUUCUGUUCUGUUUGUUCACCCAGUCUUUAUUCCUGUCUCCAACAGAUACGAAAAGAAGGCAAAGAAAAAUACAGCAUGGACCAACUGUGUGUCUUGGACAACGUCAGGACAAAUUUGAGGCGCUUCAUACCUUAUUUGGAAAAUGUAGAGAAAAAGUUUAAACCCUGAAAAGUAUGAAAGUUUAACAAAAAUUUAAAAGCCCAUAAAUUUUUCAUAGGGAGAGCUAGAGCAGCAAAAAAAGACAACUAUUUGUAUAAAAUAUAUAAAUAUAUAUUUUUAAAUUUUUUUUUUUUUUUUUAAAUGAACUUGUGUUACAGGUGACUUUUUUUUUUUUUUAAGAUCAGAACAGUGCCCAUCUGAAUCUAGGAUAGUACUCUGAGAACUUCCUGGUUUAUGUGUGUUACCUUUUGAAAGGGAAGCUGCCCUAUCAAACCUCUUGGUUUUAUAUUUGCAUUGUUUCAUCUCUGAAAAGAGUGAUGCGUCCAUCAAGUUAAGUCUCUCACAUUUGUUUUUGCUGUUGAUCCAAAAGAAGGCAAAGAACACAGUCUGAAGUGCUUCCAAUUUUGCAACAAACGAGGAAAAAAUUCCUUCUUGACCCCAGAACUUAGCAGUGUUUGUGGAAUCAGGAGAAACCGAUACCAUUUAUGUUAAAAUUAUUAAAAGGUAGAAAACUUUAAAAAUGCAGGGAUAAUAAUUGCUGCUUUUACCAACUAUACUCUUAAGUGACUCAGAAACCACUGAAAUUUGGUGAGGUUCUUAAUGAAGACUGUAUUUGUAAUUUCGGGCUAUUUGUAGUUAACAAUUUUGAAUGUCCUUGCAAUAUCAAGAUUUUGGGGUUGAUGCAAUAUGAAUUUAAGAUUUAUUGACAAACCUUAUAAGAAUAAAUAUUUUAUUUGGAAAUUUAAAUGAUGUAGAGUGAAUUCAAACUGCUGAAAUAUAGUACAUGAGCUUCCCAUAGUUUUAGAACACUGUAGUCCAACGAAGGUAACUAAUUCUGUGGCGUUAUUCCCCACAGUGAACUGGGAAUGGUACAACGAUCACCUCAGUGCAAUUCAGGUACCAAAAUAUCUGCCUGAGCCCAGUGGGUGUUCCAAUCCUGAGUAGCUGCUGAAAUAACUCUACUCCCUUCACAGUAAAGACACCCCCUUAAACACUACCGUCACUCUAAACCUUAAAGGGACACUAUAGUCACCAGAACAAUUAGAGCUUAUUGAAUUUGUUCUGGUGAGUAGAAACAUUAAAGGACCACUAUAGUGCCAGGAAAACAUACUCGUUUUCCUGGCACUAUAGUGCCCUGAGGGUGCCCCCACCCUCAGGGACCCCCUCCCGC